AUGGGUUUCUGGGAUACCAUCACGGACCUCGCUGAGGCCGCCAUGCCGUGGGCCACCGUCGAGGCCGAGGCUCCUGCCGCCGAGGAGAAGGAGGAGGAGACCGCCGAGGAGUCCAAGGAGGAGCCCGAGGCCGAGGAGGAGGAAGAGGAGGAGGAGGAGGAGGAAGAGGAAGAAGAGGAGGAGGAGACCGUCGACCCCAAGGAGCAGCUCGAGAAAGACUGCGAGGAGUCCAAGGCUUGCGCACCGGCCAAGCACCACUACGACGAGUGCGUCGAGCGCGUCACGGCGGCUGCUGACAGCGAGGAGGGUGCCAAGGAGGACUGCGUUGAGGAGUUCUUCCACCUCGCCCACUGCGCCACCCAGUGCGCCGCUCCUAAGCUCUGGGCCAAGCUUAAGUAA